ACCAUGAUAUAUAUACCCGCCAUAAUGUAUUUAAGCGCGUAAACUCGGGGAGAAUUUUUUAUUUUAAAAAGUCGUUACUGUCGCACGUACAAUGUUUACCCCGAAAGUUUGCCGGGUGUUGCUUAUUGGUUUAGUUGCAGCAAAUGUCGGGGCGCAGGAGGAAGGCCCCACAGUUACGAUUCCCGAUGGAGAGAUCUUGGGGGCGGUAAACUAUACCGCGAAUGAAAAUCUCACUUUUUAUAGUUUUCGGGGAAUUCCAUACGCCAAACCUCCUACAGGAAAUCUCAGGUUUGCAGCUCCAGUUGAAAACGAUGCCUGGAAUGGCACAUUUAAUGCGACUUACGAGAGGGAUAUUUGCACUCAGUUGGCUGGAACGAUAGCCUUAACAAACAACGUCGUUUUGGGAUCUGAAGAUUGCCUCCACGUUAACGUUUAUACGACCAACAUCACUGGAAAUCUGCCUGUAAUGGUUUGGAUCCACGGCGGUACCUUCCAAGCUGGUUCCAACUCGAUCGGCGAAUUCCCGCCGGACUAUUUUCUCGAAAAAGGCGUCAUUAUGGCCGCCAUCAAUUAUCGACUAGGCGUUUUUGGAUUUUUAAGUACAAGCGAUUCAAGCGCUUCCGGAAACUGGGGCCUCAAAGACCAGGUGUUGGCCCUAAAAUGGGUUAAAAAUAAUAUCCAAUACUUCGGCGGUGAUCCUGAUAAUAUCACCAUAUUUGGCGAAAGUGCCGGGGCUGCUUCCAUAUCUUACUUGGUUCAAAGCAAUCAGACCCAAGGUCUGUUUAAGGCUGCCAUAAUGCAGAGCGGCUCAAGCCUAUGCCACUGGACAUUAUCCCUGAGUCCGGAGGAAAAGGCUUCAAGGGUGGGCCUCAGACUAGGGAUCAUCACCUUUUCCAGUGAAACAUUAAUUAAUAGACUGCGAGCCGUGGAUUAUAGAAGUUUGAAAUUGGCUGAGAACAAUGUCACCGUAGAAAGUUAUUUAGUAGAUGAUCUUCUGGCCGGCCUACCUUGGGGUCCAGUAUACGAACCUGACAUAGAAGGCGCAUUUUUCACUACCAAUAACAGAAGCUGGCUGGAAUAUUCCGAGGGAAAUUUCCAGCGAGUGCCAAUGAUCAUGGGUUUUAAUUCGAACGAAGCUGGAGCAGUCACUGAUUAUAUCGCAUACGUUUUACCCGUGCUGGCUGAAUAUUCUGUGGACGUCCAAAGGUUUACCCCGAUCGAUAUGACUAGUAACUUUUUCAGGAGAAUUACUGUUGGGGCAACUAUUAGGACUCAUUAUUUCGGUGUAUUACCUUUAUCCUCGCAAGGCAGCAAUCUUUCUUAUUUUAUCAGUCUUGACCAAUUUGUACGUCCUAUAAGAGAACAAGCAACACAAGCCUCGAAGUACGUGGACGUGUUUUAUUACAGGUUUUCUUAUAAAGGAUUAUUAGGUGAUUCGGAUAAUGGCACCAUCGGUGUGGGGCACGCUGAAGAAUUAAACUAUUUGUUCAAUCUUAAUAACACAGUGAGUGCACAAGAUAAGGUAGUGAGAGACCAAAUGGUUACUUUAUGGACAAAUUUUGCCAAAACUAACAAUCCCACUCCUGAUCCAGAAUCUGACUCGGUACUAGGAACCACAGUUUGGGAAGUAAAUAAUGCAACAACUAACGCGAGCAGUUCGAUUUUAUAUUUAGAUAUUGGCAAUAGUCUUACGAUGAAUAGCAAUCCGGUGCAAGAAGAUUGGGAGUUUUAUCAAGACUUGUAUGCCACAAACGGAGACGACGAUUAUUCUACUUAUUAGGGCAAAUAAAGAUGCGUUUUUUACAUAAAA